CUAUAAACCCAGUAUAAAAUCCCAAUCCAUUGAGGGACAAACCCCCUUAGUUCAUAUCAUAUUCAUCUUUCUCUUAUCAAAGCAAAGCAAAAAAAACACCCAAAAACCUUGCUCCAAUGGCAAUUGAAUCCCAACACAUGAAUCAAAAUUUGCCUCCUCAAUUAAUCAUGAAUAGAUAUUUUAUGAAAACAAAUGAAGGAAUGUACAAAGAUAAUUUGAUGGAUUCUUGUGUUCCUUUGCAACAAGCUUCAUUUGCAAAGCUUUUUGAUCCAAUUUUAGCCUCAAAUUCAAUUGAUGAUAUGGGAAUGAGGAGAGGACCCAAAGAUUCAUUCAUCAAUAAUGCCUUUGGUUCAUCAAUGGAUCACAUCCAACUACAUCAACUUGAUGGAUUCAUUGCUCAACAUGCUGAAAAAGUGAGAUUUGAAGUUGAAGAACAAAGGGAGAAUCAAUGGAGAACAUUGAUCACAUUAAUCCAAGAAAGGGUUUUAAAGCAAUUAAAGGCAAAAGAUGAAGAGAUUCAAAGAAUGGGGAAAAUAAAUUGGGUUCUUCAACAAAGGGUGAAAUGCCUAUGCGUCGAGAGCCAACGGUGGCGAGAUUUGGCGCGAACAAACGAAGCGGCGGCCAAUUCAUUACGAACCGACUUGGAACGAGUCCUGGCGCACGCCGGCGAGGAACUGCGCCGUGGGAUGAGCGCGGCAGCUGAUGACGGCGGGGAGUCUAGUUGUUGUGGAAGCAGCGAUGAAGGAUGGCGCGAGGUGGUGGUGCCACCGUCGGGGGCGGCGGUGAUGAGAAAGUGUAAGAAGUGUGGGGAGGGAGAGGCGAGUGUGGUGUUGCUGCCAUGCAGACAUCUUUGUGUUUGUAGGAUAUGUGGAACUGCCAUGGUUGGAACUUGCCCCGUCUGUCAUUUUAUUACCAAUGCUAGUGUUCAUGUUAACUUGUCAUGAAACUAAAUUUUUACUAAUAUAAUCACGUGAGUUUAAAUUUUUUGGACUAAAAA